AUGCACGUUCUUUGUGUUGCUGAAAAGCCGUCUAUUGCAAAUUCCGUCGCACGGACCUUGAGUGGUGGAAAUGUGAGAAGUAGAGAAAUCAAAGGAAGGAAAGGUCAGUUUGCAAGAAAUCUUGAUUUCACAUUCAACUUCCCAUGGAUAGGUUCCUGUGAUGUGACGAUGACAUCAGUGGCUGGACACGUUAGCAAUAUUGAUUUUCCAAAAGACUUUUCGUGGGGAAAUUGUGAGCCAGUAAGCUUGUUUGAUGCUCCUACCAUAGUCGAAAUAGGAAAUCCAUUAAUUGCGCAGAAUAUUACUAAUGAGGCCCAGCGAUGUGAUGCUUUAAUGAUAUGGACUGAUUGCGAUCGUGAGGGAGAAUAUAUUGGUUGGGAGAUAGUGCAGCAGGCCAAGAUAAAAAACAAUCGAAUUACACUUGAGAAUGCGUACAGAGCACGAUUUUCUCACCUUGAACGAUCGCACGUUCUUUACGCCGCAAAACAUCCAAUUAAAUUAGAUAAAAGAGCAAUUGACGCCGUGAAAACACGUAUGGAGGUCGAUUUGCGAACAGGUGCUUGUCUAACCAGAUUUCUUACCACUUUAUUCAGAAGAGUGUUAGGACGCGACUCGCCAAUGGUUUCUUAUGGUACGUGUCAGUUUCCGACAUUGGGCUUUGUUGUCGAUCGUUAUAAAAGAAUUAAACUGUUCAAGGAGGAACCAUUUUGGUCUAUUUCGCUUAUUCUAAAGAAGAAGCAGAGACGAUGUCCCAUGCAUUGGGAAAAGAACUGUCUAUUUGAUAGAUUAGUAACGGCAUGCAUUUAUCAGAAAUGCUUGAACGCCGACCCAGAAUUUGCCACAAUAAAAGAUAUUACCACAAAGCCAACAAGCAACUGGGCACCUUUGCCAUUAACUACGGUGGAAAUGCAGAAGGAUUGUGCAAGAUUCUUCAAGCUGACAGCUAAGGAUACACUUGCAGCAGCGGAGACAUUAUAUACCAAAGGGUUUAUUUCAUAUCCGAGAACGGAGACUGAUACUUUCCCGAAAGCUAUGAAUUUACAAGAGUUGGUUAAGAAGCAGAUUCAAGCACCAAAAUGGGGUGAGUAUGCCAAGAACUUGCUAGAAUCGGGGACUUUUCGCCAGCCGAGAGGUGGCAAGCAUAGUGAUGAUGCUCACCCUCCUAUUCAUCCAAUUAUUUUUGUGGGGGAAAAUGCAAGCUUGACAGCAGUACAGAAGAAGGUGUAUGAGUAUGUUGUUCGUCGUUUUUUGGCAUGUUGUUCACCCGAUGCCAAAGGUUUUAGAACAGUUAUUCGAGCGCAAUGGGGAAGUGAAUUGUUUAGUACGUCUGGACUUGUUGUUAAGGAAAGAGGCUUUUUGGAUGUAUUCAUUUAUACAAAGUGGGAGUCAUCUGGUCACCAGUUACCAGAGGUAGAACCAAACGAAAAGGUUAAAAUAUAUCAAGCCACAAUGACAACUGGGCAUACUGCACCGCCCCCAAAGCUGACGGAAACAGAAUUAAUUGCAUUAAUGGAUGCAAACGGAAUUGGAACGGAUGCCACAAUAGCAGAUCACAUAGAGAAGAUCAAAUCCAGGAAUUACGUCAUUUCACAAAAGGGCGGAAGAGGUAGAGGGAAGAAUGCAGUCAUAGUACCGACUGAGUUAGGCUAUGGCCUUGUUGAAGGAUUCAAUAAGUUGGGCUUUGACAAUAUUUCGUUAACAAAACCGUUCCUCAGGAAGGAACUUGAAUCUGAGUUGAAAGAUAUAUGUGAUGGAAAAGCUCAACGGGUGGAUGUACUAACAAAAGCCAUUGGUAAGUACAAGGAGGCUUUUGUUCUUAUAAACAGGAAAAAGCGGACUCUUUUGGAUAGUUAUAAAGAAACAAUAGCUGCGAACAAUUAG